GCUUAACGCCCGCAUCUUUCCUUCUUGGAUUAGGAUUAUAGCUCGAUUCGGAUAGGAUUCCGAAUCGAACUGGGGUUCGGACACUCUGCCUGUUAUAUAAGGACGUGACCUUUGGACUUGUCACGCAUCACUCCUCUCCGACACUCUUCUUCGCUCCACACUGUUGUAUCGUCGCGUGGAAAGAUGUCUUCGCAACGAGGAGGAGGAGGGCGGCAACAUUUGGUGGUGCGCUCGGUUUGGGCGUGGAACUUGGAGUACGAGUUCUCCAUCAUUGCUUCCCUCGUGGAUCGCUUCUCUUACGUCGCCUUCGACACGGAGUUUCCCGGCUUCCUCUACAGAACUCGGAGGCCACACCGUCUUCUCCCGCCCAGACUGCGCUACGCCUUCCUCAAGGCCAACGUCGACAAGAUGGAGCUCGUCCAACUCGGCCUCACCCUCUUCGACGCCUUCGGCGACCUCCCCGACAUCGGCACCGGCGGCAGGGUCGGGUUCGUGUGGGAGUUCAACUUCCGGGAAUUCGAUGUCCGACGCGACCCCCACGCGCCGGACUCCGUCGACCUGCUCCGUUCCAGUGGCAUCGACUUCGACCGGCUCCCCCUCUACGGCAUUGACUCCGGCCAGUUCGCCGCCCACCUCUAUCGUUCCGGCCUCGUCGCUCAUUGCCGUUUCUGCCGCCCGCACUCCACUCGAUGGAUCGCCUUUCACAGCUGCUACGACUUCGCCUAUCUCAUCAAGGUGCUGGGGUUCGGCGGGCCUCUGCCCGACACCCUGGAAGAGUUCCUCGGCCUGGUGAACUUGCUCUUCGGAGAGACUGUGGAUCUCAAGCACAUGAUGCGCGGCUGCAAGGGUCUCUCCGGCGGGCUGGAGAAAGCGGCGAGUACCCUCGGGGUGCCACGCCAAGCUGGGAAGUCGCAUCAAGCUGGAUCAGAUAGCUUGGUGACCUGCCAAGUCUAUCUGAAGAUGAAGCAGAGGUUCUUCGACGACCAAGACGCCAAGGUGGCCUGCCAUCGCGGCAUCAUCUACGGCCUACAAGCCUGCUGAAUUCCUCCUUCGUUCUUGGAGUUCGUCAACGCAGCGCAGUGAAGGUGGUCGAUUCUCAAAGCAAGUCAACUCAAAUAUGAUCUUUCUCUUUUUCUUUGUGCACAAAUGUCGAAUGUUUCAACGUAAAUAAUAUACAAAUCAAGUCGUCUGUCAAAUUCGGAUGUGAAAAUUGAUUGCUGCUUGUGAUGUAUGGUAAGAAUCCGAAGAUUGUUGGAUGUGCACCACAUCGAUCUGUGCUCUGUUAUUUUCUGGCUCACAGUUCUUGGAUAAACUGAUAGCUUUCAAAUUGGGCAAACAACAUGAUAUGUUGAUGGCCGAAGAGAGGAA